UCUAGUGUGAGGUGGUACAAUGAAGGGACACGAUGGCUGCCUACAUCAGAGUAAUAUGGAUGAGAUUGACCACAUUGACAGCCCUUAAUGAUGAUGGUUCUGCUCUCCCGAACUAGUUAUUUACCAAAACAGAUUAGUUCUCCUGUUUCGUCCAAUUUGUAGAGAUCAAGUGUUGUGUAUGUAGCUGUCUGCUAGCCCCGUGCUAUGAUUUCACCCACAUCAACUGUCUCGAAUUGAUAUGACCGAUAUUACUCAUAACAUGGCCAUCACCCAAUUUCGCCUCUUUAAAAUAUGCACCUGCUUGGCGUAUAUACUUUCAUUCUUGAAAAGACUGAUUUGCAGGACUGGAAGGUCACGCAAGCUGAGUGGGGAUCAGAUCACCCUCCCUACCACUAUUGAUUUUUCAUCUGCAUCAAAACAGCCAGAGGUUGAGGAGUGGAGCUCAUGGGAUGAAGAAGCUCCCACGAGUAUCAAAAUUGAAGGUGGUAAUGGGGCAGUUCUGCCUCCACAGAAUGAAGCUGAGGAGGAGGAGGAGCCAGACUACUUCAAAGACAUGGCUCCCACCAUCAGGAAAACACAAAAAAUUGUUUUGAAGAAAAGGGAACCUCUGAACUUCUCUAUGCCAGACAGUUCCUCAGGUUUCUCUAGCAGACUAGCCGCCACUCAGGACAUGUCCUUCAUCCAGCCCUCUGCGGAGCUGGGCGACUUGGACACCUGGCAGGAAAACACCAAUGCCUGGGAGGAUGAGGCAGAUGCAGCCUGGGAGGCAGAGGAAGUGCUGAGACAGCAGAAGCUGGCCGAGAGAGAGAGACGUGCCAUGGAGCAACAGAGGAAGAAAAUGGAGAAAGAGGCACAGCGAAUGAUAAAAAAAGAGCAGAAGAUCGCUGUCAAACUUUCGUAACAUUUAUGCAGUGCACCAGACUCUCAAAACAACAGCCAAACAACUGUUCAUUUUAAGUUUUACCUUGAUUCAUCCUGAUCACCACAUUGGUGUUUUCAUCUCUUUGGGAUAUUUUUUUUAAUCCAUCAGUCGUCUUGGGGAUAUUUUUAUUUAUUGGAUAGAGCACAGCAAAAAGAACAUUUACUUUCAUUUAUAAGUCGCUGUGAAUGUUCUUAAAGUGUGCUAAUUAAUGAAUUUUUUUUUUUUUGUGUCCGUAUUUAUAAAUAUUUUGGAAAUGAUUGUCAAAUGAUUUUAGAUAAGGAAUUCUGUAAGAUUUUUGCCUUUGUGAUUUUCCUCUCUUUGUAUUUUUCAUCAUCCCAAUCUUGUAACUGCUUUAAACACUGGACUAUUUCAAAAUAAUCAACAAAUGUAUGCAAUUUUUGUUCUGGCUUCUAGUACGCUAAUUAGCGGUAGCUAGUUCCUAGCUAGUUCCCUUACCAUUAAGUUUCUCUUAAUUACCUGGAAAUCAAGGAUUUAAUUGUGAAUUAAAGGCCUUAUAUUUCAGUCUUGAUUUCUCUGAAGAUGCACAGGAUUUGGUUUGAACCAGAACAAUGCACAGAGAUCUCAGCCUAGUAAAAUGCCAGUGGGAGUGGGAUGUGUGUACUGGGAGAAUGCUUCAAGAGAAGUAGGCUGGUUGUCAUGGAAACACUGACAUUUUUAAAUAUUCAGAUUGUCUACCAAAGCAUCUUUAAAGAAAUAGUUCAUUUCAAAAAUUAAAAUUGACUCAUUUACUCACCCUUAGGCCAUUCUAGAUGUGUAUGACUUUCUUCUGCUGAACUUAAAUGAAGAUUUUUAGAAUAUUUUUUUCAGCUCUUUUGGUCCAUACAAUGCAAGUGAAUGGGUGCCAAAAUUUUGAAGCUCCAAAAAUUACAUAAGCCAGGAUAAAAGUAAUCCAUACGAUUCCUGUGGUUAAAUCAAUAUCUUCAGAAGCAAUAUGAUAGGUGUGGGUGAGAAAUAAAUCACUUUUAUAUUCUUCUUGUGUUUUUGGUGAUUCAUAUUCUUCAUGCAUAUCGCCCCCUACUGGGCAAGGAGAAGAAUUUCAAGCAAAAAAGUACUAAAAUAUUGAUCUGUUUCUUACCAUUGCAUUGUAUGAAUCUACAGAGCUGAAAUAUUCUUUUAAGAAUCAUCAUUUUUGUUCUGCUGAAGAAAGAAAGUCAUACACAUCUUGGAUGGCAUGAGGGUGAGUAAAUGAUGAGAGAAUUGUCAUUUUGGGGUGAACUAUCCCUUUAAUCUUUGGUAAGACUCACUGUCUGUUACCUGGAGCAUUUAUUAAGAGUAAUUCAUUCACAAUGAUAAACUGUGGCCCUGAACAAUUUUAGAUCGAAACUAACAGUCUUAAUGAUUUUGAGGGAGUUUUCCCCAAAAUGACAAUUCUGACAUCAUUAACUCAAACUUAAAUGACUUUCUUCCAUGAAACACAAAAGGAGAUUUUAGGCAGAAUGACAGCCUCAGUCACCAGUCACUUUUAUUGUAUGGAAAGUAGAUGCAAUGAAAGUGUAUGGUGGCUGAGGCAAUUAACAUAGUAAAAUAUGUAAUACAGGUUUAGAACAACAUGAGGGUGAGUAAAUGAUGACAGAAUUUAAUUUUGAGUAAACUAUUCCUUUAAAGAAUAAUUUUCCUUUAAAAAAAAUAUAUAAAUAUAUAUAUGUAUAUAAAUGAAUUACAUUUAUUGAUACAAUAUUAGGGCCUAUACUAUUAAAAUGAUGAUGAUGAUGAUGGUGCUGAUAUUAAUCCCUGCAUGCAAUGAUAAUUAAGGAACAUGAAGCCAUGAGAGACAGAGAUGCAUAUAACUAUGAAAAACAAUAGUCAUACUUUUUUAUCAUUUGUUUCCCAAUCAUGCAUGCUAAUUUUUUGUUAAAGUUUUUUUUUAAUUGCACACUCCAGCCUUAGCUGUAAUAAACAUUUGAAUAUC